AUGCGAACUCUCGUAAGUACCGCUUAUGAUGAUUUAUGUCGAUUACUGGUACCUCAAACACAAUCAGAUGAUUAUUCAAAUCAGAAAUCAUCGAAUUGGACAAUGAAUAACACAAACAAUCCAGAUGAUUCACGCUUUAUGAGUGCUGUAAACUACUACAAAUCUUGUACAGAGAGUCCCAAUGCAGAAAUUUCAGUGAUUGAAAACGAAGUUAUUAAAUUGAUAAUAACUCUAUUCAAAGGCUGGUACUUGACAAAAGCAUACGACAAAAUCCCUUUCACUGUCAAACGAAAUCUACUUAAAGAUGAAACAUUCAAUCUUACAAGUUUGUUUUUACCUUUGUUGCUUCAAAGUGGAAGUACAACUUUAUUUUCACUGAAGCUAGUAAAUGAUAGCAAUCCAAGCAUUGAUAUUUCUUUAGGUUCUCUGGAGGCCUUUGAUGCUGUUGCUCCUAGCAUGUCCGAUGGAAAGAAAAUAAAUGCAGCUGAACAACUUUUCGCAUAUCUGAAGAAACUUGGACCUUUAAAGGAUAAGAAAAACAUAAUAAAAGACGUUUUACAGUUGCAUUCCCAAAUCAAAAGUGCAAUACAACCAUCUGGUUCUGUUUCAAAAGUUACAAUUGAAAAGUUAUCAGAAAUCUGUCCCUUAAUCGAUUGGAAUGUUUUAUUUGAAAGUAUAUUCCGUGAACUCAAGUAUGAGUCAUACAAGAAUAUGGAAAUUGUUGUUCAUGAUCAAGAUUCCUUGAAGAGGGUUUGUGAUAUACACGCAUCGGCUAUGGAAACAAAUAACGGAAGAAAAAAUCUACACGCUAUGACGACGAUCAGUUUCUUGUUCAACAUGAAAAAUAUUUUGAAUCGAUAUUACUCUGAGUUUUAUCCUUCUACCAUUCCGAAAAAGCCAACAAGUUGCAUUGAUGAAGUAAAAGAAAAUUUCCGAUGGACAAUAGAAAAGUAUCAUAAAUAUUCUAGUAUAAGCGAAAGUACAGAAGCCGAGGUUCUUCAAAUGUUCGAAGAACUGAAAACAACCUUGAGUGAUUCAUUGUCAUCAAUGUCAUGGUUGAAAGAAGAUGAAAAGAAGAAUUAUAUCAACUUGGCUAAUUCAUUUCAGUUGUCCAUAAUUACUUCGAAAAGUUUGUCCGCAGAAGAUAGAGAGAGCAGAGAUUUUAUAUUCACUAAUGAAAUAUCCGAGGAUGAUUACUUCAUGAACGUGUACUAUUCUCAGAAGACCAAAUUCCUUAAAUCAAUUUACAAAUCACUGGAUACCAACGCUGAACCUGACGCUUUCAGUUUUAUGCCGUACAUAUCUGGUUCGGCUGAAAAUAAACUUAUUAAGAUAUCUGCCGGUCUAUUAAACCCACCAUACCUCAAAGAAGGAUAUUCAAUGUCUGAAAAAUAUGGGACUAUCGGUUGGUUUAUUGGUCGCCAGCUUAUGUAUGAAGUGAAUAAUAACAAGGAAGAAGAUAAUCAUGGGAAUUCCCAGUCCUCCUGUAUGUCAGAAGAAGCAACAGAUUCUGAGGCUCAAAUAUGUUGCUUGCAGGAACAAGACAGCUUCAAAGACUACAACAAAACGGAUUUGAGAUCUUUGUCAGCCGAUAUUAAUGGUCUCAUGUUAUCUUUUAAAACAUACGCGAGUGAUGGAGAUUUGGAUGGAAAGAAGUUGUUUUUCUCAUCGUUUGCAAAAAUGAUGUGUACUAGAUACUCCGCAGAUGUUAUUACCACAAACUUACAGUCUUCCAACUCCAGAUACAAAUUCAGGUAAUUGAUUUAAAUGUACAUUUUCAAUUUUCGAUAAAAUUAUUUACUAAUACAUAUCUCUGAAGUAUGAUAAAGUGAACACGAUUAAUGAAUGACACGUGUUUCAUAUGAUAGGUAAGCAGGACAGUCAUCCAAUAUCAUACGAAUUUUAAUCGUCUAGCAUUGAACAAAUAGCAAAGAAGUGUGACUAGCCGUUUUAUUGAAGAUAAAUACCACAUGUCAAACGAAAUAAUUUCCCGCAGUCAUUACAGUUCAGUGAUUGCCAUUUCAUAUGGAAAAAAAACAUGGGUACAUUUCACUCAAUAUGGUUUGUCAACUGCAUUAUAUGGUAUUUCACCUUGUAAUACACUUUUCAUUUCUUUCAAUGUACAUCUCAUAUGUCCACUCACCAAAGCCGUAGUCUUACCACUGCAUUGAUGCAAAUGUGAAUAUUCAAUAUAAAAUCAUCGAUAUCACAUCUGCUUCAAUGAAUGAAACCAAUAUUUAUUCUAUAUACUUAUUCAUGACAAGUAAGAUUAGUCUAUUACGAUCCUACUAUUAUUUACUAAUUAUGUUUUGUUUCAACAUUUCCC